AAAUCACCCAUAGUUCGUGUUAUUUUCCAAAAUGGCAGCAAAAAGUGGAGGAAACGUUGACUGGUCGUCAAUAAUAAAACCAAUUUUAGCCGCAUCUUACGGCUCAUUCAACAAAAAUGAGAUUAUCGAGCUCAUCAAGGCCAUCAUCAAAAGUGAGGAGGAACUUCUGUCCCAUGAGGAGCAGUACGAUGCAUUUUACACGUCCUUUACAGCCCUCGUUGCUGAUUACAUCAGUGGAUGUGCAAAUACAUUGUCGAAGAGUCAGAUACCCACAGUAUGUCAGGCGUGCAAAAUUCUCCUGACGUAUCUCGUGAGAAAACAACCAGCCGAUGGCACAUCAUCGAUUCUUACGAUGAAACAACUUCUGCUACCAAUCCGUGCACUCUGCACUGGCCAGAGCCUCCUGACAAAGACCGAUGAAGUGGCAUUAAUUGCAAUUAUGAAAAAUGCCAAUGUACCAGCAUGUGUAACAGCAACAACCAAUGCAUCUACCAAUAACGACAAGGAUACAACACCACAACCAAUUAAAGAGCCGAAGAGGUCAAGAAAUGAUUUAUCAACUUCGAUACUCGAGCAAUUGACAAUGCCACUGCAAAAUUUCACGCCCUCGGUUGCGAUGAGCAAUGAUAUUAUAACAGAGAUAAAUAAGAGUUUAGGGGAAAGCGAUGGAAGUGACGCAGAAAAUAAUGAAAUUAAAAUGAUCUUCAUUGCUAAUAAUAUCAGCACUCUUCAGGGGAUUGGAGCUGGUGAUACUCUUCUCGACAUGUGUUCCAAUCUCCCUCAUUUGUCCAGAUACAUGAGAAAAUAUCAGGCAUACAUGAACAAAAAGGGCUUCAGUCUACCUGGCAAUCACGCAGAAGCACACAUUAUCAGACACAGUUUGCACGCGGUUGUCAAUGACAUCAAUAUCGUUCACAGUGUUGUCUCUCUACCAGUGCUGGAGCCACUGACCCCAGCUAAACUCGAAAAAUUGUCACUACUGACAAUGUCCUGUCUCUACAGUUCAAUAGCCAAUGCAACUGCAUCAAGUAUCGUCGGUGUCUCCAACGCAGUAUCUCCAAAGUGCAGCACAAAUGCUAGCAACACAUCAACGAGCCAUCAGAGCUCGAAUCACAACCAAUUGAGCAAGAAUACUGAAGAGGAUUAUGACUCAUUGGCGAUAGCCGUUGUGGAGAAGAGUCUCGAGAUAUUUGGAUUAGUAUCGAAUAUAAUAAAACACAGUACAAGAGCUGGUGGGCAUAUCCUGCAGAAUCAUCUGCUCAUUGGGGUCUGGCUAUUGGUUGCUGGAUUGCAGGCUCAACUGACUGUCAGUAGCUUCAGCAGCACGACCGAUAAGACCAAGGAGGAGAAAGGAAAGUCACCCAGUAAAGCCAGGGAUGGCACGUCCAGGAUUAAUCUCAUGAAGGUUCAGCAGGGAUUUGGAGUCCUUUCAGUUGCUCUUGCAUCUCAUGCUCUGACACUAAUGAGUGCUUUGCUUGAGGAUGUCUCUGUUGAGAUGCACAAUGAUACACCACAACCAACGGAAUCGGCACCUCUCGAUAUUUUAGCUACAAGCACUGCUCUUCAACGUGCCAUGACCUUCCUUCAAGAGGCACCACUCAAUCAUUUGUUGUUUUAUUUAGCGACAAUUAGUUAUAGAAAGGCUUGUACUCUGAAAAGAGUUCAAAAACAUCCCCAAGAAGGUGACACAUUGAGUCAAUCAGAUUCCACAACUUACUACGAAGAUCUGUUGAGUUUCUCAGAGAGUUCAACAGACGAAGAACAAACUGUUAUGUCGGUAGAGGAGGACAGUGAGCCUAUCUUGGGCCUGUGGUUCGAGGAAACAUUGUCACCCUCUGAAGGAUCACCAACGAAUACAACUAAAGAUAGUAAUAAUGAGGGGGCUGCUGAGAGGCCAACUACCACCAUUGUUCCUGAUAACAGAGAGCCACACGGGUACAUCUCCCUGGCGACUCAGAUCUUCCAAUUUAUGAAUCAACAUUUGAUUGGUAGUCGAAGUUCUUAUGUUCGUGAAUACGUGAUCAAUGGUCUUGUGGAACAACAAAUGGUGAUUCUAGCUGCGAUAAUACGAGAUCUGGAUCAUGAGACAGCCAGAACUGAAACUGGCACUAUCUCUGUAUUUUAUGGCGCAGCACUUGGUGCCAUGUACUCGGAAUUUUCUCAAGCACUGAGUCAAUACACCCACAAUUUAUUGGCUAGGAAUACUCUGAGUGAAUCUCUUCAGAAUACACUUCUUCAGCAUCUUGGAGUGAGUCCCUGGACGAUUGAGGGCACUAGCUCUACCUCCUGGCCACUCCAAGUUUAUCCAAGGACGCUCAGUGUUUUGGCGCAAAUUUUGUUGUUGAAACCCCAGCUGGAGAAGGAGGCUGCUUGCAUCAGCAUCUGGCAAAGGCUAGUUACGACGAUGGUGGAGAAUGUUUGCAAUCCACCAGUGACAUGUGAACCGGAGAAUGAGGAUCUCAAUGUGGAACAUGCUCAGCUCGUUCUCUUCCUAUUUCAUUCUUUGAAUUUGAUGCAGAAAAAAUCGGUUCUACUGGUCACGGGGAGUGGGGCUGUUCGUUGUAGUGAAGCUGUCAAGACACCAAUGAAAGAUUCCCAGAUUCUUCAUCUUUCCAGGCUUUUGUUGUUGCUUGAGUACAUGAUGAAGCAUCUUUAUGACGCACCACCAUCGCUUCUUGAACAGGUUCAAUGGAAUCUUCUCUCAGCCACAAAUCUCGUGUCCGACGCUAAAGAAGGUAACAAACAAGCAGCGAGAAUUUACACUCCUUGGAAAGAAAUUGAGGACAACUAUCCAAAAGUUGGCCCACAAGAUGAAUUCACAAUGAAACCACGUUUUUACAAUUUAACAAAUGCUGAUUUCAACAAUCAAGAUACACCAAAGCUCGAUGGCCUCGCCCUGAACUUUGUCCUCGGUACACCGGAUAAAAUGAAGUAUCCCUUGUUAGUCGAUGCUCUCAUUGACAUUCUCAAUGUUGUCAAUCAAACCCACAUAUCGAAGAAGGUGGAGUGCAAGGAGGGAAAGGAGAGAAAAGAAAAUAAAAUGUCAAUUACAGGACUAUGUGCAACUCAAUAUUGUUUCUCCAUCUGUUGGAGGCUGAUACUCAUGCUUCCUCCAUCAACCCCAUACAUGGAUAAGUUAGCACUUGGUGAGGAAAUUCCAGCUGGUCCAAUGCUUCUGUACUCCCUAGUCUGGGGGCCCCGAGCUGCCUACAAAACAUUCAAUGGAUGGAUGAAAGACUGUCUCGUUAAACAGGGAAUGUACACACAGUACGCGGAGAAUCUCCUGAAAACCGUGUCAUCAACCGUAAAUUCAAUAAAAUACGACGUAACUCUUGCGAAAAAUUGCAUCAAGACUCUCAAACCAGAGCUCAAUCCGUCAGACAGCAUCAUGCCAAAGUCAACAUUACCAAAAGUAAGUUCCUUGACAAUUCUAGCAUCAGUUAUUGGAAAACUCCAAGUGCUUAUGGACGAGAGUAUUUCAAAAAGUCCCAUGGAACAAGACACCGAGUCCACCAACAAUAAAUCAGAAUCAUCAAACAAUGGGGCUCAGGCCGCGACUCCCAACACCAACAAAAUGAUCAUCGAUAUUUUGCCCCACGUUUUAUCCCUAACUGAAGCUAUUCUCGCUUGUUGUCGAUCCAGUGUUCUCUAUCAGAUGCUAGAAUCCUCUGAAUCUAAUGCUGGCAAGUACAGUAUGAGAGAUUAUCUCGUGCUUGAUGGCAUUACUUGUGUGGCAGGUGCAUCAUGGGCAAUGGAGGCAUCAAUUGUCACACUUUUGCCCAACACAAUCAGAUCAGUUCUCGACAAAUGGAAAGCCAUCAGUGUUGCCCAUGUCCCUUGGAACACGUAUGCCAAUGACAUUAUUCCAGCUGAGAGCUACAUUCUGACUACGGUCAAUCAUCACAUCAGCACACUAUCUCAACAUGGAACGACAUUCUCCAUUAAUCCAUCGCUGAAGAAUCUUCUUCAUUCCCUCGUGGCUUUCCUCUACGAGUACAUAAAUCCAACCACUGCAGCUGAUUCGGAAAUCAGAUCUCAGGCAAUUGAUAUACUGAUUCCCCUGACGAUGGAUGCCAGGACGGAUUAUCUUCAAGAAACAGCCUCGAAAACACUGGCAAAACUUUCGCUAACGGUUGAUAGUGAAGCCAGAGCACUGAGAGAACAUCUUUAUGUACUUAAUUACACGUACAACGUCAUCCUCGACUACACAACCAACACUGAGGAUUCUACCAUAAACGUUUCAGUCGAUGGGAACAUCUUCAAGCAGUGCAUCAAGUACUGGGAACAGUUACUGGAACAUUCGGUUGGUUGUAAAGCUCUGGACCAGUUCUUUGCUCCCAGUACUAACAGAACUCUCGUCUCAGUUCUCCUAUCGAUUGCAUCACCCCAAGCAUCUCAACAAUUCAGUACCCAUGUUCUCCAUUUCUUCAGUAAGCUCUUCAAGACAGCUGAAAAAAAUACCGACGGCUCAUUGGAUCGUCUCUGCAACUCUGUAUCAAAUUUGGCUACUGUUGACAACGAGAAACUCCAGUGUUGGUUGAGACACGUGAUCCUGGGAUGUCCUGGAAAUUCUACAAAUGCACAGGCGAGUGCUGUUGCAAGUAAUACUGAGAUUACCACGAGUGAUUCAAACACUGUUGUCACUGGUAAUGAUCAACAGUGGCCUUCGCCCCCACCGGCUGCGAGUACACCAGCAACUAGUGCAACAACUACGAAGACCACUACGACGAUGUUAUUGGAGUCUGACAAACCGAAUCAAGUAUCAUGUACUUCGAAUGAGGAGAACCAACAACUGAUGCGCGAGAACCACCAGCUUCUCCAGGCAUUAACUAAUUAUAUUGUCAAGGCUAACAGUACACUCGGUGAGAAUGUCUCAGUGACAAUUCUUCGAGCACUUAUUCCCCUCGGUUAUCACAUUCUCUCCCCGGCAAUUGAAGCUGUAGGAUUUCCAGAGUUAAUGCAGGUUAUGUCUAACCUCGCUGAUGCUGGAUCUGACAAGGGACAUGUACUGUUGUUUAGAGUAGCAACAGAUUGGGUUGAACUGUGCAAACAACAGCUUAUGAAUAAGGACACUGACACACAAAUCUUGGAGAAGCCAUCACCAUACAUCGAAGCAGGCUGUUGCGUCCUGAAUUACAUAUCUGAUAUUGUUGGAGCUGUGUGCCCUCAGAGACAGUUGCCCAAUUUUUCAUCAGAUCGAGCAACGAGUCCACCAUGGGAGGGUGCCGCACCUCUGAUAAGCGGAGACCUUAAUGACAGUGAUUGGGUUGAUGAGCUGGUGCAUGAGGACGAUGACAGUGCUGCUGAAGACUCUGAUGAAGAUAGUCUGUGCAAUAAACUCUGCACCUUCACGAUUACACAAAAGGAAUUUACAAAUCAACAUUGGUAUCACUGCCACACUUGCUCGAUGGUUGAUGGAGCUGGUGUUUGUACAGUGUGUGCUAGAGUCUGUCACAGGGGUCACGAUGUCACAUACGCGAAGUAUGGAAAUUUCUUCUGCGAUUGUGGCUUUAAGGACGAUGGAUCUUGCCAGGCAUUAACUAAACGCAGUCCACAGAGUUUAGAACAUCAGGGCCAGGGACAUUCAUCAAACGCUUCGACGUUCAUUGGUAACGGAGGAGCUAGUGGCAGUGAAAACUAUAAUUUGAAUAAUAACGCCACGAACAGAUUACGUCGGCGUCCUUCAAGCCCCACAGGUUUUGGUGAGAAAUUCGAUAGGCGUGGGCGGGAUAAGGAGAAGCAAGCUGCGCUUGCUAAACAGCUGGAGGGCUCCAAAGACUGGGUGAUGACACAAUUGUGGUCCAGUGGACUUGUCACAUCCCUCGUUGACCUCACCAGAAUGUUGAUACCAGCUGUAGACGCAUCUUGCCAAAAGAAUUCACCAGUUGGAUGUCACACUCGAGGGCAGAAAGCCCUCAGACAAUUGCAUACCCUCGAAAAGAAAUUCAUUCACACUGAUCAGUUGAUGCUCUCAACUCUGGGCUCUCAGGAGGGUGCCUUCGAGAAUGUCAGGAUGAAUUAUUCCGGUGAUCAAGGACAAACGAUUCGCCAGCUCCUCUCAGCUCAUAUGAUACGAAGAGUUGCCAUGUGCUGUCUGUCAUCGCCUUAUGGAAAAAGACAACACCUAGCCGUCUCUCAUGAGAAAGGAAAGAUCACAGUUCUACAGCUUAGUGCAUUGUUGAAGCAGGCAGACUCAUCAAAACGCAAACUAACCCUUACCAGGCUUGCUUCAGCUCCAAUUCCCUUUACAGUACUUUCUAUCACUGGAAAUCCGUGGAAUGAGGACUUCUUAGCUGUUUGUGGAUUGAAGGAUUGUCACGUUUUGACGUUUAACAGCUGUGGAACAGUAUCUGAUCAUCUGGUUCUCCAUCCUCAGAGGGAGUCCGGCAAUUUCAUCAUCAAAGCCAUGUGGCUACCAGGCUCACAGACACAGCUAGCCCUGGUUACCGCUGAUUUCGUCAAGAUUUAUGAUCUAGGAAAGAACGCACUUUCUCCCCAAUAUAAUUUCCUCGUACCCAUUGGAAAAAUUCGAGAUUGUACAUUCGUUCACACCGAGGACGAUGUGUUCUAUCUUCUGUUGAUGUCAUCAGCUGGAUACAUCUACAGCCAGGCUAUGGAUGACGCUAGUUCAGCUAAACAUGGACCGUUCUAUGUCACCAAUACUCUCGACAUUUAUCAUCCAGACAUCAAAGAUUUUACUCAAGUUGGAGGGGGAGGUGUGUCGAUUUAUUAUUCACAUGCUCUUCAACUCCUCUUCUUCAGUUAUACAUGUGGCAAAUCGUUUAUCGCACCUCUUAAGAACAUGAAUGAAGACAUCGUGACGGUCUUCAUGAUUAAUAUUGCCAGCAAUAAAUCAAAUGGUAACAAAUCAAAUAACAAUCAGCCCCAGCCAUUGUGCCAGUGGAGUGAGGUGGCAAAUCAUCCUGGACUAGUCUGCUCUGUUCUCCAGACGAGCAAUAAUCCAGUAAUAUUGAUGAUCAAACCAGAUGUCGUCUUGAUACAAGAAAUCAAAGUUGUGCCGAAAGCUAAAAUUAUGGAUAUGGUCGCAAUCAGGCAUCCGAGUUCAAAUGCCGAGCACAGAACAACAUUGAUUCUGCUCUGUGAAGACGGAAGCCUCAGGAUCUACAUGGCUGGUAUGGAGCAGACUGGCUACUGGAUGUCCUCCAAUGUCCAACCAGUUGCAACGAUGACAGGAAUUAAACAAGCCAAAAAAAAGAAAAUUGCGAAAGCUGGAAAACCGUCGGGCUCCGUGACAUUCCCCAUUGAUUUCUUCGAGCAUUGCCAAAUGAUGAAUGAGGUGGAAUUCGGGGGAAAUGAUCUACUGCAGAUCUAUAAUGUCGCACAGAUUAAACACCGAUUGAAUACCACUGGUAUGUACGUGGUGUCGACGAAAACUAUUGGAUUUAAUGUCGAAGUGGCCAAUAAUGAUCCGACUCUGGUGAUGUGCGGUGUCAGAGUACAAUUGGGAAGUCAGGAUGUUCAACGAGCUCCACUUUAUGUCGAAGUUUUUGGAAGGAGUAUACGUACAUCGUUGACCAGAAGUCGUUGGUUCGAUAUUCCUCUCACCCGGGAGGAGAGCCUUCAGGCAGAUAAGAAAUUGACGAUUACGUUCGGUUUGUCUCAGGAUCCUGAUGUCAUCAUGGUUGAUUCAAUAAAAAUUUAUGGAAAAACUAAAGAUGCUUUUGGGUGGCCUGAAGAACCGGAGGAAAUACCAGCAGGACAGACAACCUCAGCACCAGCCGUUCCCGGUUCAUCGAUUGCUAAUGAUAAAGAAACCGCGGUUGUUUCACCAAUAACUCUGACAUCAGUUGAUAAACCCUCAAAGGAAUCAGUGAAAAUCGAGCGAAUGAUAUCGAGCAUCGUAGAUGUGCUGGAAUCGUCAUUCACACUGACUGCAGGAGAUGAGAGUAAAUUCACCCUGAGAAACACAGCUAUCGAGGUGGCUUCGCAUCUGCUGACACUUCCAACUCCCCCAACUGUCCAGAUGCACACAAUGGCACUUCUCGCAGCCCUCCACCAGUCUCGAGUAGCCUAUCACUUACACAAGGAUCAGGUUCUCCUCAGUCAUGUAUUGGAAUCCCUAAAAUCUAUGCGAAAUCUUACCGUCACGUGGAUGGACGCUGAGAAUUUUUAUCGCUUGGCCCUUAUCGUCCGAAGUAUUGCCAUUUCUCGUCCCCACAAUCUCGCGAAAUUUACUGAACAAAAUUCACCAAUCGCCAUUAAGGAAGCUGAUGUACCAGUCUUCGAGAGUGACAGAAUAUCUCAAAUUCAGUGCAAACGAAGUGAGAAGGACGAGCAUGAUUCCAAUAACAAUCAGCACAUGGUUCUUCAACUAAUGGACGUGUUCUGGACCCUCCACAUGGCUUAUCCCAAAAAUCUAGCCCUCGCACCAGUCAUUGUUCCGGGCUUGACUCAUACAGAAGCCAUUACUUACGCUCUCGUGGAAAUUAUUCACUCGUUUACAAUGUGCGAUAUCGAAUGGAACUGUGGGCUAGCAGCAAGACUCUACCUUCAGCUUCUUUUAUCAUCAGACACAGCUGUCAGUUUCAGUGCCAAACAGGCCAUCAUCAGAGUUUUGAGACCUAGAUAUAAAAAACGAAGGGUUUUCGUACCCAGUCCCCCACACUGCAGUACCCCAGGUGUUUCCGGUACUGUUAGUGCAGCUGGAAUCGAAGAAAAACCACUGGAGGACUCUUCCCUUCGUGGAGAACAGUUGGAGGACGCUCGUCAGUAUGAUGUCGAUACAGUUGAACCAAUGGCGUUACUUGGAGCCGAGGGAGAUCAGGCAGAAAGACUACCCCAUCCACUCGAGGCGCUCCUGGGUCCUGCAGGUUUUCCACACCUUCUCGACCUCCCUGAGGCUGACGACGAAGCCAUGAUGCGCCUGGCAAUUGCACUCAGCCUUCAGGAUCAAGAGGGAGGUGGACCGGAUUUUCAAGUCCUUCAGCAGGGCUUGGCGAACUUCCAAGGGAUUCCAGGCUUGGAGAAUCUCACUGGACCUGCCCUCCAGAGCUUGCAGACUCUAGCUGCAGCUCAGGGACUCGGAGCACUGCAGUCAAAUCUUCCUGUUCAGGAUCCAGCUCGACCUUCAGCAUCUGGAUCAGUGGGAGGAAACGAAGGCAAUUAUUCAGACACAACACCGUCAGCCGGUGGCUCAGACGAUGAAGCCACUGACAAUGGUUCAACAGCCGCGACUGAUGCUAGCAGUACACUGAGAACAUCACCAGCACCUGAGCAACAGAGGGAGAGUGGUGGCAGUGAGAGUGGAGGAAGUGAACAAAAUGUGUCAGGAUCGUGUUCAUCGUCGUACGGAGAUUCUAACAAUGAACAGCUGCAAACGAGCAGACGAUCAGCUGAGCCAGGCUCCGCAGGCACUGCUGAUGUCAAUCAGAGUGAGCAGAGCAAGCAGGAUGAUGCUGAAGAACCUGAAGAGGUCAUUGGUGAGUCCGAAGCUAUGGAACAAGAGCCUGAAACUGAAAUUCCACCACCUUCAGAGGCGUCAACUGAACUACAUUCCGUACGACUGUGUCUUCUGGAAAAAUUCAUGCAGUUCAUUCCAGAAAUGUCGCACAAUGUUUCUGGAGUUCUUUCGAUUCCCUAUAUGCAAGUUAUCCUCAUGUUGACUUCUGAUCUUGAUGGUUCGGACGAAAGAGAUCGCAAUUGUGUCGAUAAGUUAUUGAAUAUUCUGACUAAACAACUGGAAAUGGAUACGACUGAUACAAGCGACAUCAACAAGCGCACUGAUAAACGUGAAGUCCAUUUGGUUAUAAUGAGACUCCUGAGUGUGUUGAUGUCACGAUCCAAAUACAAUACAAAGGGACAGAACGACAAUUCAACGUUUGUGUCACAGAUGACAGCGAGUACUUUGAGCAAAGCUGGUGUCAUCAAUCACUGCCUGAAAUUGCUGACUGAACUGUUGAAAUACUGGAAGACAACGUCUACAGAAGAUGCCGGCGCUGUAAUUGGUGGACAAUUACUAAAAGAUCAUUUGACAACAUCUCCACCAGAUAUGUCACCAUUUUUCCUUCGACAGUAUGUCAAGGGUCAUGCCACUGAUGUGUUUGAACCAUAUCCUCAGUUAUUAACGGAAAUGGCUCUCAGACUUCCAUAUCAAAUUUACAAAUACAGUGCCGAUAAUAAUAUAUCGAUUCAGCCGCUCUUUGAUCAGCAAGCUUGGCACUUUUACCUCUGCGAAUACAUGAUGUUGUAUCAGACUCCAUUCAUAAGACGUCAGGUGAGGAAAUUGCUUCAAUUGAUAUGUGGUAAUAAGGAGAAGUACAGACAGCUUAGGGAUCUCCAUGCACUUGUAUCUCACAUUCAAUCUGUUAAACAAUGCUGCAAUAACAGUACCAAUCAGAUUGGUGGUGGGCUUCCUUUGGACUCACAACAGCAGUCCAUUGUCCUGCCUUAUGAUUCUCUGGUAGAGCUCAUUGAGCACCUGAAAUGCUGUGUGGAAAUAGCAACGAGCCGAACUGGCAAUUGGCAGAGAUUUUGUCUCAAGCAGAAGACAGUACUCUCGUAUUUAUUCAGGAUUUCAACGCUUCUGGAUGAAGGUGUCAGUCCCACUGUCCUUCAGCUUCUCCAGUGUGCCAUUUGCUCGACAGCAAAGUCGAGGGAGACAAAGGCCAAGAGUGAUUCUAAGGGUGUGACAUCGAAGGAGAGAAGGGAUCGUGCUAAAUCAGAGGACUCUGACAUUGAGGCUAAAUUUGAAGAGACACAGUGUGUAAUUCUUGUGGAGCAGAUUCAAAGACAGGUGUCGUCAUCAUUGCUGACUAAGUUCAUCAGGAUAUUCUUGCUUGAGACUAAUAACACCAAUGUCAGGUGGCAGGCGCACUCCCUGAUCUUGGCUAUUUUCAAGAACAGUGGACCAUCACGCCAGGAAGCUCUAUUAGAUCUUCUCUGGAAAAUGUGGCCACUCUUGCCAGUAUAUGGGAGAAAAGCAGCCCAGUUCGUUGAUCUCCUCGGGUAUUUUUCACUGAAAACACCUGACACUGGUAAGAAGAUGCACACGUACAUGGAGCAAGCAGUGUCUGUCCUUCAUGCACAAAAUCAAUUGCUCGCACGUCAUCCCAGUGCUAAUCUCUACACGGUACUGGCCCAGUAUGUUGAGCUUGAUGGAUACUACCUCGAGAGUGAGCCCUGUCUGGUAUGUAAUAAUCCAGAGGUCCCCAUGGCAACAAUCAAAUUAUCAUCGAUCAAAGUUGAUUCAAAAUUCAAAACAACAACGCAAAUUGUCAAGUUAGUCUCCAGUCACACAAUCAGCAGAAUAAUGCUGAGAAUUGGUGACCUGAAGAGAACUAAAAUGGUGAGGACCAUCAACAUAUUUUAUAACAACAGGACAGUGCAAGCUGUUGUUGAGUUGAAGAAUAAGCCAGCCAUGUGGCACAAGGCAAAGAAAAUUACUCUCGCCCAGGGCCAAACUGAAGUCAAAAUGGAAUUUCCACUACCCAUUGUUGCCUGUAAUUUGAUGAUUGAGUACGCAGAUUUCUAUGAGAACAUUCAGGCAUCCUCUGAGACCCUACAGUGUCCCAGAUGCUCAGCGAACGUUCCAGCUAAUCCCGGGGUUUGCACUAACUGCGGAGAGAAUGUCUAUCAAUGUCACAAGUGUCGUGCCAUCAACUACGAUGAAAAAGAUCCCUUCCUAUGUCACGCCUGUGGCUUCUGCAAAUAUGCCAAGUUUGAUUAUACCCUAACAGCGCGUCCCUGUUGUGCUGUCGAUCCCAUUGAAAAUGAUGAGGAUAGAAAGAAGACAGUUGUCACGAUAAAUAAUUGGCUGGAGAAGGCUGAUCGUAUCUACAAAACGUUGACCUCAAAUAAACCAACUUUAGAAAUGCUCCUGAUGAAGAUCGCUGAGCACAGAUCAGAUGGUAGAAAUGUCGAGGAUGGGGGACAGGUGAGUAAUUCGGGUGGUAAUACGCAAGUGAAUCGAACAAUUCAGCUGUUGGCUCAGAGGUACUGUGGAGACUGCAAGACAUCGUUCGAGGAACUCAGCAAGAUUAUCCAGCGAGUAAUUGCUUGGAGAAGGGAGCUCGUGGCUUAUGACAGAAAUCAACGGGGAUGUAUUCAGCAAAAACGACACAUCACCUUCAAGGAGACUGAAGACGAGGAGGAGGAGAAAGACAAGGAUUUGGAGGACGACGACGAGGAGGAGAAGAUAAUGAUACCUCCCAUAACAGGAAGAUGUUACGGCUGUGCAACAGCUGCCACUGAGCAUUGUCUCACUCUUCUUCAUGCACUGGCGACAAAUUCAGCAGCACGCGAAGUACUUUGCAAACAGGGCCUCAUCCAGGAGCUGAUUGAGAAUAAUUUACGAAGGGGAACUGUUCAAGUACAGGACGAGGUGCGUCAGUUGCUCUGUUUAGUUACAAAAGACAAUAUCCAGUCGACCAAAGAGCUUUGUACCUUGCUGAUGAAUCGUAUCACGAUGACCCUAAAAGGCCGAGUAUCAACAUCAGAUCUUGCAAUGGCUGUUCGUCACGAGAUGUCAUUAUUGGCAGCUCUGGUGCAAAAGGAUGAUUCAUGCUGGGAACAGAAGCUUCGAUGUGUCAUGCAACUCUUCCUGAUGGCCUGCAAGGAGUCUAAGAGUCCAGUUGUCAUGGAGAGCCUCAUUUUACCCUCAUUGAAGAUUCUCCAGAGUCUGAUAAAACCGGAUCAACCGAUCUCCAAGAAAAACAAGGACAAGACCAUUGAGUCUUUGGCGACAAUUCAACCACCACCAGAAGGUGUCAGUAUAGAUGUUGCUAAGUGGUUAAAUGGAGAGUCCAAACACUCUUACACUGAGUGGUUACAACGAAUGCCAGCAAAGAAAACAUCUCUUCCUCAUGGAUCUAAUAAAUCACUCAAGAAGGAUGAAGCCAGAGUGCUUUAUCUCAUGGAGAAAUAUGGCCAUCGCUGGCACUAUCGUUGCACUCGACUACGAGAAAUUCAACCACUGAAACUAGUCGAUGGCGCAUGGCUGAAAGAAGUUCUCUUCAAUCCAAGUUCGAGAUUAGCUAGACAAGUUGCUUGUAACAUGGUUGAGAGCCUUUGUCAAGGUACAGAGAGAAAGAAAAAGGUUCUCGUUCUUAUGACAGGUUAUCUGGAGGAGCUCAGGACAGCUGGAGAAAGCAGUGCUGAAUUUUUAUCUCUCUAUCAGAGCUUAAUUCGUCAACUACCCUGGAAACAAUUUCUGGCUGUUAGAUGUGGGGUUAUGAUAAAAUUAGCUGAUUUACUGACUCGUGAAAUUCAGGAGCUUCAUCGACUGGAGGAGACAACACUCACCAGUGAUUUGUCACAGGGAUAUUCACUGAAGAUGCUGACAGAAUUACUCGCAACAUUUUUGGAACAGGAGAAUAUCAAGCAACAGUACAAAGGAAGACUAGUUGGUGCCGUUCUCAAUGGAUAUCUCUCUCUGAGGAGAUUGGUGGUACAGAGGACGAGAUUGAUCGAUGAUACCCAGGAAAAAUUACUGGAGCUUUUGGAGGAGAUGACCUCGGGUACUGAAGAAGAGAGUAAAGCAUUCAUGGCUGUUUGUGUGGAGACUGUUCAGAAGUACAGCCCUCAGGAUGUUCGGACACCAGUUUUUGUAUUCGAAAGACUUUGUUCCAUAAUAUAUCCAGAAGAAAAUGACGUUGGCGAAUUUUUCCUGACACUCGAGAAAGAUCCACAGCAGGAGGACUUCCUUCAGGGAAGAAUGCUGGGCAAUCCUUACAGCAGUCUGGAGCCUGGAUUGGGGCCAUUGAUGAGAGAUGUAAAGAAUAAAAUUUGUCAAGACUGUGAGCUUGUCGCACUCCUCGAGGAUGAUAAUGGAAUGGAGCUCUUGGUGAACAAUAAGAUCAUCAGUUUAGAUCUGCCUGUGAAAGAUGUCUACAAGAAAAUUUGGGUUCACGAGGGUGGGGAGUGCGAUGCCAUGAAAGUUGUAUAUAGAAUGCGAGGACUACUCGGUGAUGCCACUGAAGAAUUUGUGGAGACACUCAAUGCAAAUAGCGAGCAAGAAAUAAAUAAUGAGGAAGUCUAUAAAAUGGCUAAUGUCCUCGCUGACUGUGGUGGGCUACAAGUGAUGCUCGAUCGUUUGUCUGCUAUUCAUGAUGUUGGACGAGCUCGACCACUACUGCAAGUUCUCCUUAAGCUCUUCCGAUUGUCUGUGAAGGUGAAGAAAAAUCAACAAGUAUUGAGCAGACCAGAAUUGGGAGCUGUUACUGUGUUUCUUCAGGUCCUCCAGAGAUGCCUCGCUACGGAGACAUCGGAAACGACCGGUCAGGCUCAAGCUCAAGUAACAGAACAACUUCUGGAUAUCAUGGAGACGAUCCUUGCAAAUGCAACGUCCCAAUCUCUGGAAUCAUUUGAGGAGUUUUCGACUACACUUGGAGGCCCUGAACACGUAAAAGCUCUCCUCUCAUGCACUCAAUCCUCGGCCGUCAGACAGAGCAAUAAUGUUCUUAUUCAUCUGGCUAGAGUCCUAGCAGCUUUGACUUACGGAAAUGAAGAAAAAAUGGCGGUUCUUUGUGAUUUCUUCAAGCCGGUACUGAAUUUUUACGAAUUCGAUUACGAACACACUCCAGAUGAUGAACAAAAGCUCGAGCUUUUCUGUGUUCUAACCCAGGGGAUUGAGAGAAAUGCCAUUGGAAAUACCCUGAAAGACUAUAUAAUUGACAUGGGAAUAGUAAAGGAUGCCUUUGAAUACAUCACAGUCUACGCUCCCUGUGUGAAGCCCACUCUGGUGCGUACAGACAGUGAUGAAUUGAAAGAAUUUAUCUCAAAGCCAGCACUCAAAUACAUUCUCCGUUUUCUCACUGGCUUGGCAACACACCACGAAUCAACUCAGCUCGCAGUAUCACCAGUAACAAUUAGCAUAAUUCAUCGACUGGAGCAAGUAUCAUCGGACGAGCAUGUUGGAUCACUAGCUGAAAAUCUUCUGGAGGCCCUUUGCACCAACACCAAAGUCGCCCAAUUGAUCGAUGAAGCAAGACAGCAUACACGAAGUGAGAAGAAACGCCUGGCAAUGGCAAUGAGAGAACGUCAACUUGGUGCCCUUGGAAUGCGCACAAAUGACAAAGGCCAAGUGACAGCAGCGAGUGGUGGUACUCUUCUUCAACAGAUGGAGGAUCUCGGUGAAGAUGAGACCGGUCUCGUGUGUGUUAUCUGUCGUGAGGGCUACAAAUUCAAACCAAAUCUGGUACUGGGUAUUUACACGUUCACAAAACGCUGUAAUGUCGAGGAAUUUGAGACGAAACAACGCAAGACAGUGGGCUACACGACAGUAACUCAUUUCAACGUUGUUCAUGUUGAUUGUCAUGUAUCAGCUGUGAGAUUGGCGAGAGCUAGAGAUGAGUGGGAGAGUGCUGCACUCCAAAAUGCCAAUACCAAGUGCAAUGGCUUGCUGCCACUCUGGGGGCCACAGGUCCCAGAGUCAGCCUUUGCCACUUGCCUAGCCAGACACAAUACUUAUCUCCAGGAAUCAACUGGCCACAGAGAUAUUUCCUAUUCCUCGACCAUUCACGACUUGAAGCUGUUGCUGUUGAGAUUUGCACAGGAGAAGAGUUUCCAUGAUGAUACAGGCGGUGGUGGGCCUCAGUCCAACAUGCACAUCAUUCCUUACCUCACUCACAUGGCUCUUUAUGUCAUGAAUACCACCAGAUCUGGGGGAAAGGAGGAGCAGCAAUUGGCGAGCUACUUGAGAUCCUCACCUUCAGCAUCUUGGCUCGACAACUGUUACGAUGCUGAAGGCCCUCAUUAUCAGGCAGUUCUUUCGCUUCUGAUCCAUCCACCAGCUCGAUGGCAACAAGAGAAACUCAUUCAUUUGAGGAGGCUGAUUGUUCUGGCCCAUCAGAGGUACCUCGCACCCUCUGGGCCCACUAAAACAAUUGCUGAGACAACCGCCAAGGAUUACUCUGUUUAUAAGAAUUCUCUUAUCUUCUUUGGACUCAUCGAUGCCAUUUACGGAUAUUUCUUCAAAGACCCGAGUCUUUCAACUAAAAUGGCCGCGUCACAGCAACAGUGGUCCAUUGUUUUGGCUGAUUAUAUCAGGGAGAAUGAUGAAGCAAUGCUCAAAGCUUCUGAAAAAGUCAUCGUCACUUACCGAGAUGAACUGCUGCCUUGUGCAUCCUUCGAUGAAUAUUGUGAUGUAGUCGGUUUGCUGGGAGAGAUACCCGACCUCUCUUCCUUUAUAACUGAUCUCCUGAAGAGCUUUGUUUAAUGAAAAUAAUGAAAUAAAAUACUACGUACUUUACUAUGCAAGAAAAACUAUAUCUGAAUUGUCAUUGGCUUUUUUCGAUUUCUGUACACGAAGAAAAAUAUUAACGAUCUUUUCGAUUAAUGUUAAUUGCUAUUUACUACGAUUAUGAUUGACAUCUCGUGGUGUAUCGCUUCAUUAUUUAUGCAUUCAUAGUGUUAGUUUAAAGUAAAUGUGGAAUGAAACAAUGAGGUUAUGUGCUUCGAUGAAAUUGAAUCUAAUAAAAUGUUUGCAAAUGUUAUUACUA